CAUAUGUAGUGGCCGGAAACCACAGAGGGGAUCGUGUCCUGCAGAGAUGGCUGGACUGCUGAAAAAGACGACUGGCCUGGUGGGUCUGGCCGUGUCCCAAAACCCUCAUGAGCGUCUCAGGGCUCUGUACACUAAGAUUCUGGCGUCGCUGCAGACCAUGCCACAAGACGCCGCCUACAGGAAGUACACGGAGCAGCUGGUCAGCGAGAGGUUCGCCCACGUCACAGCGGAACCUGAUGUAGAGAAGCUGGAGCAGAAGAUCAACUGUGGACAAAUUGAAGAAGUUAUUUUCCAGGCGGAGUGUGAGCUGGCUCUGUCCAGGAAGAUGUCCGAAUGGAAACCGUGGGAGCCGCUGGUAGAAGAGCCUCCUCCCAACCAAUGGAAAUGGCCCAUCUGAAUACACCUGUGUAUACUGCUGAUAACAUACUGUCUGUGUGUGUGUGUGUGUGAGAUCCAAACCUCUGCUUCUAGUGAAGUAAUAAACAAUAAAACAAAUA